AUAUUCAUUUCCCUCGAAAACCCUAUUGCACGUUUCCAUCACCUCAUCUCACCUCACCUCCCAAUCUCUCCCCACCUCUCUCCAUUUCAUUUCACUCCUACUUCUUCUUCAUAUUUACAUUUCUAUCCCUCUCUUCUCCCAAAAAAAAGCACCCCCAAAUUUCUAGGGCUUCUCCAAAUUCCACAAAUUCUUUCACUUUCUUCUGAACCGAAAAAAAAUGGAAUCGGAGGACGAUUUCGACAUGCACGACGCCCACGACUCCCAUCAAAACGAAACCACCACCACCAACACCACCAACAACAACAACGAUAAUGAAGACGGUGUCGUUUCGGUCGAGGACGACGACUUUUAUAGCGGCGACGAAGACGAUGAUGAAGAUGGUGAGGCCACCAACGCUUUUGCUUUCGACAGCGACGACGAUGCUGACGUGGCAGACUACGAGUUCAUCGACAACGAUUCUGACGAUUCCGACGACGUUGUUUCACACCGCUACCAGCAAAGCUUUACCAUUCUAAGUGAAGCGGAUAUUCAUCAACGUCAAGAGGAUGAUAUCAUGAGGAUAUCGACUGUGCUUUCUAUUUCAAAGGUUGCAGCUAGCAUACUGCUCCGCUAUUAUAAUUGGAGUGUCAGUAAAGUGCAUGAUGAGUGGUUUGCAGAUGAAGAAAAAGUUAGAAGGUCUGUUGGCUUGUUGGAGAAGGCAGUUGUUGAAUAUCCAAAUGCUAGAGAACUGACUUGUGGGAUAUGCUUUGAAACCUAUCCUUGUGACAGGAUUCACACAGCUGCUUGCGGUCAUCCUUUUUGUAGUUCAUGCUGGGCAGGUUAUAUUAGCACAGCCAUUAAUGAUGGUCCUGGAUGUUUGAUGUUGCGAUGUCCAGAUCCAUCUUGUGGUGCUGCUGUUGGUCAAGAUAUGAUCAAUGUAUUGGCUUCUGAUGAAGACAAGGAGAAGUAUUCUCGUUACUUCAUCAGAUCUUAUAUUGAAGACAAUAGGAAGACCAAAUGGUGUCCGGCUCCGGGCUGUGAUUAUGCUGUAGAUUUUAUUGUUGGUAGUGGAAGCUAUGACGUUACUUGCCGCUGCUCAUAUAGCUUUUGCUGGAAUUGUACUGAAGAAGCUCAUCGCCCAGUUGAUUGUGGUACUGUGGCAAAGUGGAUAUUGAAAAAUAGUGCUGAAUCUGAAAAUAUGAAUUGGAUAUUGGCUAAUUCCAAGCCUUGUCCAAAGUGCAAGCGGCCAAUUGAGAAAAACCAAGGCUGUAUGCAUAUCACAUGUACGCCACCUUGUAAAUUCGAGUUUUGCUGGCUUUGCCUUGGUGCAUGGUCCGACCAUGGUGAGAGGACUGGUGGUUUUUAUGCAUGUAAUCGCUAUGAAACAGCAAAGCAAGAAGGAGUGUAUGAUGAGGCUGAGAAGCGAAGGGAGAUGGCCAAGAACUCCCUAGAGAGGUACACUCAUUAUUAUGAAAGAUGGGCAACCAACCAAUCGUCUAGGCAAAAAGCGCUCGCAGACCUGCAGCAAAUGCAAACUGUGCAUCUUGAGAAACUAAGUGACAUACAGUGCCAACCUGAGUCACAGUUAAAGUUCAUAACAGAGGCCUGGCUACAGAUAGUUGAAUGUCGGCGAGUUCUGAAAUGGACAUAUGCCUAUGGAUAUUACUUAUCUGAGCAUGAACAUGCUAAGAGACAGUUCUUUGAGUACUUGCAAGGUGAAGCCGAGUCUGGGUUGGAGCGACUUCAUCAAUGUGCAGAGAAGGAGCUACAAGUUUACCUCAAUGCAGAGGGCCCAUCGAAGGAUUUCAAUGAGUUCCGCACAAAACUUGCUGGAUUGACCAGUGUGACUCGAAACUACUUUGAGAAUUUAGUCCGCGCUUUAGAGAAUGGACUAUCAGAUGUGGACUCUCAUGGUGCCUGCAGCAGGACAACUAGCUCAAAAAGCUUGGGAGGUGGGAGUAGUAAGGGGAGAGGUGGUAGGGGCAAGGGUACAACAUCCAAAUCAAGUAGCUCCAGUAGAAAUAUUGACGACUCAAGCCAUUGGUCCUGUGAACAUUGCACAUUUGCAAAUUUCAAGUCGGCCACCAUCUGCCAGAUGUGCCACCAACGCCGGUGAACCUUAUGUCCUUUGCAAAUUGAAGCACCUGGAUGCGGAGAUUUUGGUUCUGUUUCUUGGGCCGGCUGGCUGUGAUGGUGAACUGACCAGGUAGAAUGUGAUGGAGAGAGUUUUCCAUCAAUCCCUCAUCUCCAAAAUUAUGAACACGAGGAGAGCAUAAUGGAAAUAGGGGCGGGAUGGGAGUAGAAGUAAUUGUACUCUGUAUGUCUUGUGUUAUUGGAUUGAGCUGUAUAUAGUUCAUGAUGUUUAUUUGUUGUUUUUGCCUAACUUAUAUUGGGGCCGCAUCAGGAUCCCUGAAAAUGCAUUUAUCUGUAAUUUUAGUUGUAGCAGGCUGGAAGCCUCUCCACUUCUGUUGUAAGAAUGAACUAGUUGGGGACAAUAAGCUGCAUUGGCCCCAGUAUGAAUAGAAUAAAAAUAUAAUGUACUAUUUCUCUACA